AUGGAGACUCAUGAGGCCUUCAACACCAUCGUCAACAAGACUGAGAACGUCACGGUGGGAAACAUCACCCGGGAGGAGAUUGUGUACGAGGUGGUCACCGACAGCUGGUUGACGUACGUAGAGGGGGUCUGCGUGAUCUGGUUCACCAUCGAAGUGCUGCUACGAGUCACUUUCUGCCCAGAUAAAUUGGAAUUUUUCAAAAGCUCCCUAAAUAUUAUUGACUUUGUUGCUAUUCUUCCAUUCUACUUGGAGGUCGGCCUGAGUGGGCUGUCCUCUAAAGCCGCCAAGGAUGUCCUGGGCUUCCUGCGUGUUGUCCGGUUUGUCCGCAUCCUCAGAAUCUUCAAGCUCACUCGACAUUUUGUUGGUCUGCGCGUCCUUGGGCACACCCUCCGAGCCAGCACCAACGAAUUCCUUCUGCUGAUUAUUUUCUUAGCGCUUGGGGUUCUCAUUUUUGCCACUAUGAUCUACUAUGCUGAAAGAAUCGGUGCCGAUCCAGACGACCCGACUGCCAGUGCCCAUACUAAUUUCAAGAACAUUCCCAUUGGAUUUUGGUGGGCUGUGGUGACCAUGACCACCCUGGGCUAUGGGGAUAUGUACCCGGAGACGUGGUCAGGAAUGCUGGUGGGCGCGCUGUGUGCCUUGGCUGGUGUGCUGACCAUUGCUAUGCCUGUUCCUGUUAUUGUCAACAACUUCGGCAUGUAUUACUCUCUGGCAAUGGCCAAACAAAAGCUGCCUAAAAAGAAGAACAAACAUAUCCCUCGAGCACCCCAGCCAGGGUCCCCAAACUACUGCAAGCCUGAUGCUUUGGCAAUGGCUACUGCAUCACCACAGAGACUCUUGGGAAAUGUGCUUGGUGGGGUAAUGGGGUCUGGAGGAAUGGGGGGUGAUUGUCCUCUUGCCCAAGAAGAAAUUAUAGAGAUAAAUAGAGAUUCGAAGCAGAAUGGUGACGCAGCCUCAGCCGCUCUGGCAAAUGAGGACUGCCCUAACAUCGACCAAGUGUUAAGUCCAGACGAGAGAAGUCCCAUUGGCCGAGGCCCGACGCGGGAGAGGUACCAGCAGGACCGCGCCUGCUUCCUGCUCAACACCAGGGAAUUCCGUGCCACAGAUGGGAAUGUGCGGAAAGAGGCCGCAGCCCUGGCGCCCAGCCCAGACUCCCCUCUGACUGAGGAUUGGUAUAAGAUGGAAGGGUCUCUGUUACAGCAGGACCUCAAUGCAAACUCCACCUCCUCCUGGAUCAAACCAUAG